UGGGCGCAACGCCGCUUCUCUAGCGUGUUCCAUCAUCCGAUCGUUCACGUGUGUCGAAAUCUAGAGCAAAUUGCUUUGACAUCUUCCUCCGAGGAAUAGCGCUGACUGUUGAUGAGGGCCUCCCAUCCCAUGUGUUGUCAGAGCGACAUCCCCAACUGACCAUUCCCAAGGCAAUCAAGAUUUGUCUUGUUCAAUCCGUGAUGCAAGCAAGCUCGGCGACAAAUGUGCAAACCCAACAUCGCAAGAUGCAGUCCAUGCGAAUGCUACGCUAGUAUAAGAAAGUGAAGCCGCCAAAUUGAUGCAGGGAAAAAAGAAAAAGGAAAUCGUGCCUUGAAGCCUCCUCAUCUUCGUUCAUCAUCUUCUUCCUACUGGUGGGGCAGAUUGAGCGCGAGGAACCAAAACCCCGAAAAAGAAAGUCGCGCGCAGACAUAGCAAGACCAAGACUGCAGGAGAAGAGGAGACAACAUACAAGAAAGAGAGACAAGCAACGCAACCUUAGAGAGCGGGGAAGGAAAAAACUGACGAGGGAGGUCCCGAUCCUGCACCUCCCUAUUCCCUCCUCGCCGGCGGCGCCCAGAUCGCGACCCCACUCGCACCGAUCGCCUCCCUCCUUCCCGCGAGGGAGGCCCCGCAGCCCCGCUCCCCAACAUAAGGUCCUUCGGUUGUCGCCGUUUUCGGCAUCGCCUCAAGCCGUCUCCUUUAGCACUGAGGAAGAGGUUCUCGUGCGGGGCUUCGGGCUCCGGCGCCCAUGGUGGACAUCGACGAGUGCUCGUCGGUGCCCGAGCCCGCGCCGGCACACCCGGACCCCGCGUCGAUCUCUCCGGAUGACUGGCGGCGCUUCGAGAGCGCCACGCUCUCUGUGGUGCACAAGAUCCAGCCCACCGUCUCCUCCGAGAACCUCCGUGCCGCCGUAAUCGACUACGUCCAGCGCCUUUUCAGAUUCCACGCCGGAUAUCAGGUCUUUCCAUUUGGAUCUGUUCCAUUGAAAACAUAUCUACCUGACGGAGAUAUUGACUUGACUGCAUUCGGCCCUGCGAUUUCUGAUGAGACUCUUGCAAAUGAAGUAUGUGCUAUUCUAAAAUCAGAAGGGCGGAGGAAAGAUUCUGAAUUUGAGGUCAAAGAUGUCCUGUAUAUCCAUGCCACCGAGGUCAAGCUGGUGAAAUGCUUGGUGCAAAACAUUGUUGUAGAUAUCUCAGUUAAUCAGAUUGGUGGGCUCUGUACACUUUGUUUUCUUGAGAAGGUUGAUCAAAAUUUUGGAAAACACCACCUCUUCAAAAGAAGCAUAAUGCUGAUCAAAGACUGGUGUUAUUAUGAAAGCCGCAUUCUUGGGGCUCCCCAUGGUUUAAUUUCUACCUAUGCCUUAGAGACAUUAGUGCUAUACAUUUUCCAUAUCUUCCACAAGUCUCUGGAUGGUCCAUUAGCUGCCCUUCUGCAGGUCCUCUAUAGGUUCCUUGACUACUAUAGCAAAUUUGAUUGGGAUAAUAAAGGAAUCAGCUUGUUUGGCCCUAUUUCGUUAUCUUCACUACCAGAUCUAAUUACCGACCCACCAGAUACUCAUGACGACGGUUUUCUUCCACGGGAUGAGUUUCUCAGAGAAUGUGCGGAGGCAUUUACUGUCUCCCCUAAAAAUUCUGAGAAAGAUGCACAAGUAUUCUCUCGAAAAUAUCUAAAUAUUGUUGAUCCACUGAAGCAGAAUAACAAUCUUGGACGCAGCGUCAGCAAAGGAAACUUUUACCGAAUACGCAGUGCAUUUGAUUUUGGUGCUCGUAAGCUUGGGAAGAUUCUUCAAGUUCCUGUAUGUUCUACUGUUAUUGAAGUAAAUCAGUUUUUCAGGAACACAUUAAAGAGAAAUUGUACUGGGUUAAGACCUGAUAUUUCAGUGAGCUCUUCUGAUGAUGGUCUAAUUACUGAUCAUGCUACCAAUGAUUCCUUGUCACUGGGCUUGAAUGUAGAAAAAGUCAACAAGCGCAGUUCACCUUUAUAUAGCAAUUCCUAUGGUGAUCUGUCUUCGCAGUUUAGUAACAUUGAUAUUUCAGAUUCUAACAAUCAUGGCUUAGUAGAGCAAAAACAAUGUAACUCUAUGGCUGGGCACAAGGAGAUAAAGUCUGUUUCUAGUGGGUUGCUAGAUAGUGAUGCCACAGAUCAUACAACUACUGAUUCAGGAAGUGUGAGGAAUGGUGGUGACCUUUAUGAAGCUUCACCAACAGCUAGGGAAACCUGUACCUUGGCAUCUGGGAGAUGUUGUGCGCCACAUCAAUUUUACCAAUCAGAAGGUGGUAAGAAGGAUGAUGUUAGAGAUGACACAGACUUGCCACACAAUGGGAUGCCAACAAAGCAUUUUACAGACAGAUCUCACCACUCUUUUGAAGAUACUAAAUAUCACAAUGAGUUUUUAGGACGCUUUUCACCAUCCCUUUCCCUUGAGCAUAAUGCUUACUCUUCUGCUGGUUUAGUUGGUGGUCUGGCCACAUUGAAUUCAAUGUUUACACCUGAAAAUUCACAACUUCGUUGUACCACCACAGAAGUUUCAGAUCUCACUGGUGAUUUCAAUACAAAUUUCCAUAAUCUCAUGUAUGCACAAGCAUUCCAGCAAGAUAUUCCAGUAAAUCAGUUUUACUAUCCAAUGAUUGCUCCAUCACCCCCACAAUAUCAGAACAUGCGCCCUUCAAAUGGUUGUGGGAGAAAAAAACCAUAUGGAUAUGCUGGUAUGAAUGGGGCGAUCCCUAGUCCUCCUUAUCCACAUAGCUAUCUUGUAUGGAGGCCAUUUUAUCAAACAGAUGAUCAUAUGGCUAUGAGGGGCCGUGGAACAGGCACCUACUUUCCUGACCCGAAUCUGCGCAAGGAUAGGCCACCUGUUGGACGUGGGGAGAGGGGAAGGAAUCAUUUUGUUUCGAAUAAUUAGAAGUUUCAUCACCAUGUCAGAACAGAUAUGCCUGUAGAUAUGGUACGUGUUCAGGAAUUGUGACAUGAGCUACCACUGCAGAUAUAUAUUCCUGGUGCAAAUGAUCAUGGAAUACCAUCUCCAAUGAGUAUGCAAUACCAGCUCCAUCUUCCCAGCCUAUGCAAGGGAUCCAUUGAAGGAAUGCUCAGCUAUACUGCCUCAAGGACGGUGGUGACUUUCCACCACUAUCUAGUUGAUGAUGUUAGUUGUAAGAACUCCAAGGCAACACAGGCUAAGAAAAAAAUACUGAGGAAUGGUGUCCACUCAUUGCUGCAAUGGCAACACCAUGUUGUGUAUCCUGUCAUUUCCUCCUCGAGUCCUCGUGCUCCAGUUGCCCAUCAGGUCGCUGCAAUGCAGCCUGUGCUUCUGUAACUGAAAUUUCGCACCAAUAGUUUGCUAGAAAGAUGAGAAAGAACAAGAAAAAGAAGACAGAAUGAAAGAAGUGAUGUUUAGAUUUGAUAAGAUGUUGAUACUUUUUUUGGGGGGAAAGACCCCUUGUUUCUCGUUUCCAGACUGUAUAUGGCUGUCCUUCAGGGGUCGUGAGGGAACAGGUAAGUUGAGGAAGAGAUAGAGAUAAUUAGUCGUGUUGUUUGGAGAUCGCGAUCAUUUGGGAGCUGGGGCUCUCCAUGUCCAAGUGUAAUGAGAUAGUGUUUUAGCCCUGGUUUGCGUUUAGAGGGAGGUCUUGUCGAAAGACCUCGUUGUUUGAAGUAAUUUUAGCACCUUAAAAAAAUGGGUACAGAAUGCCUGUUAGAUUAACAGUCUUGAUAGAAGCAUUUAAUCUUUGCCAAAAGGAAAUGCCUUUUGUUAUGUGUUACCAUGUCAGUAAUCUGUGAAAUUUGUAAUAGUUUUUCGUUGA